AUGGCCUGAGGGCUUCCGCAGCCGAGCUCCGAGAUCCCAGGCCGUCCCCCGGUUCGAUUGCUGAGGCAAUAAAGAUGAAGUUGAUCCGCUGGGUAGAGGUCCACAUCGGCAGAUCCCGCAAGAAGGCUAAGAAGACACCGACCAAGCGCCAGGGCUCUCCGUGCGACGCCCUCCCCGAAACCCCGACCCACACCACGACCUCCUGCCCCCGCAGCCCGGCGGUCGACGUGGGCCCGGGCUCGCAGCGGCUGCCCAAGGCCGCUGCGCACAUCCGCACCAGCUUCCUUGACCAGGCGCCGGUGUCUCCUGCCGACGCCAGCUCGCCCCGGCAGCGCAGUCGCAUCAAGACCAACCCGUGGAUCCGGUCCCCGCGGAGCCCCUGCGGCAGCAGCUCGGCGGACAGCGGCUGGGCGGGCUCGCGCUCCUCAACCGGUUCCGAGAGCUCCGAGCCAGGCGACCUGGCGCUGCACGAGGCCCCCUGGUACAGCCACUGGACAUCGCUGUCCUCGCUGCGCAACCAUGCCGGGGCCGAGCUGGCCGCCGCGGGCCCCUGGCCUGCGCAGGGGCUGCGGCCGCGGACGGCAUCGACGCUAGAGUCGUACCGCGGCAGACCACAGCCCCGGGCCGCCCGGGAACCGCCGCCGACGCUGCUCGGCUCCACCGCCAGCGACGGCUUCCUGCGGCGUCCGGAGUCGGCGCGGUUGUACCGUAAAGAAGCGCCCCGCAAGAGCCUCAUCACCCACAUCAGCGACGGCAGCAGCAGCAGCAGCAGUAGCAGCGGGAGCAGCAGCGACGACGAAGCCUACUCCGAGGACUUUGUCCAGUCCGAGGAUAGCGACGUAGUGACCGUGGUGAAGGCGGUGACCAGCCCGCAGACGGACUCGGCGUGCGACCCGGGCAGCUACACGACGACUCCGCUGUCCGAGUGCUGCACGCAGCUGCACGGCCCGGCAGCCGAGACCCUGUCCGACAAGGUGCGUCGGCUCAGGGCCCAGAGGCUCCUGGUGCAGCACAAGAUGCAGGAGGCCCGGCUGGAAGAGCAGCUGUCGCGCGAGCAGCGCAUUCUCCUCCACCAGGAGCUCAUGCAGUUCCGCAGGCUCAUGCUGCUCAAGACGCUCCAGGGACUCCGCUCCGACCUGGAGCACCGCACCGCCUCUUCGUCGCCAUCGCAGUUGCGCAAGGAAGACGGUGCUUCGACGGUUGACCAGCAUUGACGCGUCGCGGGCCUGUAUCUAUGGACAGCAUCGACUCGAAGGGCCGUCGCCUCGAAGGGAUGUCGGUUCCUCGUCGCCC